AUGCCUUCAUUUAUUCCAGAGGGCGGCCAGACGCUAGUCUACAGCGUCGUCGACGGCCAUAAUAUUCAGCUUGAUUACUACUUGCCUCCCAGUGCAAAGGGUACCCUACCCGCUGUGAUAUACUAUCAUGGCGGUGGAAUGACUGCUGGAUCCCGACGAGACUUUCAAUUCCCGCGCUGGUUGUAUGACCACUGCCAGAGGAAGGGCUACAUAUUCAUCGCGGCGGAUUAUAGGCUUUGCCAUCCAAGCACUGCUUUCGACCAGAUUGAAGACACAAAGGCUUUGUUCACGUUCAUUGCCAGUGAUGACUUUGCAAAGGGAACGCCUCAAUCAAUCUCAAUCGACACGGCUCGUAUUGCCGUGGCGGGGUUUUCGGCAGGCGCUUUCUCUGCUCGCGCAGCAUGUGUCUAUGCUGAACCUAAGCCAGCCGCUCUCUUGACGGUUUUUGGUACUUGUGGUGACUGGCUUCUCAAGUACUUGACGACACGUCGGCCGCCGACGUCUAUUGCCACAUCGGUGGAUCUCACUCAAGUCUCCGAAAUUCUGGCGGACAAGAGGGUUAUUAGCGAUGACACUGCACAGGGAAAUUGGUUUACUAGCCGUUUUGCGCUUGCUGUUAAAUGGGAGCUAGAUGGGGAGUUUCUUGAAGGCUGCCUGGGCCGACCUGGCCUGAGUGCUCUGCUCAACGGGUCUGAGGACUCCAAACGAGCUAUGGCACUUUCGGAGGAUACAAAGCCGGCAUUUUUACAGAUCUUCGUGACCGAAGAUUACCCUCCUUCUGUUUUUGUUCACGGUACUGCCGACGAUGUUGUUCUCCCACAGGAAAGUAUGAAUCACUUCAAUCAACUAAAAGGACUUGGGGUUCAGACAGAGCUACUACUUGUGAAGGACGGGCCUCACGGACUCCUCGAGUCUGGCUCUGCAGGUCCUCCAAAACCUUGGAAAGGCUCACUCGAGGCGUAUGAGAGGGCUCUUGAAUUCAUCGACGAGGUAUUAGAGAACUGUAGUCUAUCUCAAGCUUGA